CUGAUUUUUUUGUAACUCAAUUAUUUUAUUUCUCAAAUAGAACGUGAAAUGGCUUAGCCUCUGAGUCAAUAUGAGACUUCUUUUUGGAUUCAUCUAUGAUUGGAUUCAGCUUUACAGAAUCAUAACAGGUACGUCGGUUCUUGUUCAACCCCUGACAGAUGGUUAUAGUCCUAAAACCACAACCAUCUGACUAGUUCCAAGCUGAGCAGGUGAUUCCGGUCUAACCAUGUACAUCUAUAUCUGCAUACAAAAAAAUAAUAACACAUGUAUAAGUAAAUAAAAAAUCAUCCAGUCAAAAUGUACAUAACUUGAUUCUUUCCUACCAUUUAUUCCAUGGACAAAAUGUCUUUAUGAAAGAUAGCAAUCAGCCCCCCUCCCCCUACUAUGAGGCCAACAAAAUACACAAAAAAAUAAAAUAAAAUGAUUUGCAAAGUUGGAAAGAUACUGUAUAAGAUUUUGUAGGUCUAUGGAAGGAAAUGGAAUGAUACAGCAUUUUAUUUUAUUUGAAAAUGUAGUUUUGUCUCUUUUUGUUUCUUUCUGCAUUAGUACUACAUAUUUUAGCCACUAUUCAUUCAUCCACACCCCCCUUUUUUCCCUCCUUCCCAUCUUCUUCACAUCCUCUCUUUCCGGGCUCAAUCGGGCCUGUUUCUACUCCAAACACUUUUACCACUACAAACAAGCCAGACGAUGAAGAAGCAUGUACUCCUCCUCGCCUUGCUCUGUGCAGCAAUCCUAGUCCAAGGGUCCAGAGUUCAAAAGGGACAUGUCAAAAACUGGAAAGAUUACAAUAUUCAAUCAAAAUUGAGAGAGGGAGGUUCUAGAAGGUUCUUAAUCGGCUCGGUGGCUCCGACUUGCACCUACAACGAGUGCAGAGGUUGUCGGUAUAAGUGUAGAGCAGAGCAAGUACCGGUUGAAGGCAAUGAUCCCAUGAAUAGUGCUUAUCACUACAAAUGUGUGUGCCACAGAUAGUUCUUUUACCUUUUCCUUGACUUACUAUGUCCAAAUAUAGAGUCAGAGUCAGUCUCUACCUUAUGGAUUUCGAUACUACUAUAAAUAACUGUUGCUAUUACUAGGAGGAAAUAUAGAUCCCUUUUGUCUAGAGUGGUUGUGUUUGUGCCAUUUUUGUUUAUUACGGUUGUGGAAUGUUGUUUAACCGGUUUUGUUGGUGGAGGAGCAGAUUAUUGAGUCUGGUUUAAGAUUUU